AGGUGCGUCCAUGCUCCCCACCUGUAUCCUGGGACCUGUGAAGAUGCUGCUUUGGUUCCUUGUCCUUUCUGCUCUGGCUCUUGAGGCCGAUGCGGUUCCCACCUUCGUCUCCAGGAAGGAGUGGGGGGCCCGACCUCAGACCUGCAGCCCCCCACUUGCAGCACCAGUGCCUUACCUCAUCAUGGACCAGGUUCUGGGGGUGGAAUGCGGGGAGCAGAGCAUCUGCAGUGAGCGACUGCGGGACCUGCAGUCUCACUCCAUCUACACCAAACACUGGUGCGACAUGGCCUACAACUUCCUGGUGGGGGAUGACGGCAGGGUGUACGAAGGCGUUGGCUGGGAUGUCCAAGGCGUGCACACCCAGGGCUACAACAACGUCUCGCUGGGCCUGGCCUUCUUUGGCAAUAAACUAGGCAGUGAUCCUAGCCCCGCAGCCUUGUCAGCUGCAGAGGACCUGAUCUUCUAUGCUAUCCAGAGGGGCCACCUGUCACCAAAGUAUAUCCAGCCACUCAUCUUGAAUGAAGAGGUCUGCAUAGCUCCUCACCUGUCAGAGAUGCCUAGGAAAGCUUGCCCCAGCAUCAUCACACGGUCAACUUGGGAAGCCAGAGAGACGCACUGCCCUACAAUGAAGACCCCGGCCCAGUAUGUCAUCAUCAUUCACACAGUGGGGACACACUGCUAUGUGUCCAUGGACUGCCAGCUGUACGUCCGUGAUUUACAGUCCUACCAAAUAGACUCCCAGAACUUCUGUGACAUUAGCUAUCACUUCCUGGUGGGUGAGGAUGGUGGCAUAUAUGAAGGUGUUGGCUGGAACAGUCAAGGCUCUCACACUUAUGGCUUCAAUGAUAUUGCCCUAGGAAUAGCCUUCAUGGGAAACUUUAUGGAAAAUCCACCCAACGCUGCAGCACUAGAGGCAGCCCAGAACCUGAUCCAGUGUGCAGUGGAUCAGGGCCACCUGGUCCCCGACUACCUGCUGGUGGGCCACAGGGAUGUCAUUGACACCCUGUCCCCUGGGCAGGCUCUCUAUGACAUCAUCAAGAUGUGGCCUCACUACCAGCCCUGAGGGCUCCUGCUCUGAGAUGCAGCCCCCUUUCUUACUGUCACCAGCCUCCUAUUCUUCCUGCUCUAGUCUGUCUCAUGUCCUCUCCCUGUUAACCCCACCCUGUCCCCAUAUCAGGCUGGUGGCCCCUUUUCCUGCUAGCACCUCAGCUGGAUGCUGACCUCCAAGCUCCAGGUCUGCUCAGCCCUCCUCUCUCCUUCUUUCUUUCUCCCUGGUGCACAUCUGUCAGCCUUGGUCACAUAAGCCCCAGAUGGCUCAUGUGUGAUGCCUCCUCCCUCUGCACCUGUGCCCAAUGCUCUCUCCCCACCCUCUGGUAGGUUGAGUUCUCUGCCCUCCUGGAUUCCCACACUUGUUUGUCUGUAUGUGGGUAUCCAUAAACCACAGCUGUGCUGGCUUGUAGGGGUGUCUGUACUUCCACUGGGGAGGCUAUGAGCUAUCUAGCUUCCUUUUGUCAAGUCCCCUGUCCUCAGCAGCAUCUGAACAUAGCAGGUACUGCAUGUGUUAUGGAUGUGUAUGUGGAUGCAUUAACUAAUAAGGGGGCCACAUGUCUGCUCCCCUUCCUGAGGGGGACCUCACCCCUCUGUGGGGAAGCCCUGCUGGUUAGUCCUCCCUGCUGGCCUCUCCACUUCCUCAUCACACUGUUCUUGCCUCCCCACUGAGGCUCAGAGCUGGUGUUGGUCUUUUAUAUACAGUGGUUACUGUGUUUCUAGGGUCACUUGUCCUGCCCUGUCCUUGAGUCUAUGAGGGCAGAGUGUCAGGGGACCUGGGGUGUUGCAGCCCUUCCUGCUCAGGAUCCCCUUACCCAGCUCCAGGCAGAAAGACAGGGUACUGUGCUCUGGGAAAGCACAGGAGCUGGUUCUUAUUUCACUUCUAUGAAAACAAGGAGGAAGGAAGGGGAGGGAGAGCUAGAAGAAAGCAAGGCAUAGACUUAUUUUCUAAGGCUUUUGGCAUAUCUAGUUGAUUGUACAUGUUACUAUGUAUAAGAAUCUAGA